GGGAGAGAUUUGAACUGCAGCGAGCAAAACGUCACUUUGACAGUAGCUUCAUUGACAAUGACAGUUUCUUUUUGAAGUUGACACUUUUACACUUGACGUUGACGUACGCGAUCUCUCUUUCUUGUUAAAAUUUGAGUCCAACAUGGCUCGCGGACCUAAAAAGCACCUGAAGCGGCUGAACGCGCCCAAAGCAUGGAUGUUGGACAAGCUGGGCGGCGUGUACGCGCCGCGGCCGUCCACGGGCCCGCACAAGCUGCGCGAGUGCCUGCCGCUCGUCAUCUUCCUGCGCAACCGGCUCAAGUACGCGCUCACCGGCAACGAGGUGCUGAAGAUCGUCAAACAGCGGCUCAUCAAGGUGGACGGCAAAGUGCGCACCGACCCCACCUACCCCGCGGGCUUCAUGGAUGUUGUGUCGAUUGAAAAAACCAAUGAGCUGUUCCGCCUGAUCUAUGAUGUAAAGGGACGUUUCACAAUCCACAGGAUAACCCCAGAAGAAGCUAAGUACAAGCUGUGCAAGGUGCGACACGUGGGCACGGGGCCCAAGAAUGUGCCCUACCUGGUCACACACGACGGCCGCACCCUGCGCUACCCCGACCCACUCAUCAAGGUGAAUGACUCCAUCCAACUAGACAUAGCUUCGGCUAAGAUCAUGGACUUCAUCAAGUUCGAGUCCGGCAACCUGUGCAUGAUCACGGGCGGCAGGAACUUGGGGCGAGUGGGCACCAUCGUGUCGCGCGAGCGCCACCCCGGCUCCUUCGACAUCGUGCACGUCAAGGACUCGACGGGGCACACGUUCGCGACGCGGCUCAACAACGUCUUCAUCAUCGGACGCGGCACCAAGGCGUACAUCUCGCUGCCGCGCGGCAAGGGCGUGCGCCUCACCAUCGCCGAGGAGCGCGACAAGCGCAUCGCCGCCAAGGUGGCCGCGCACUAGCAGCAAUAAACGACUGAACACGA